AAAAAGUAUUUCUUUUAUGUUAAUCUUUUAUAUGUAUUACUUUUUUUCUUAAAAUAUUAUUCUUGUAGAAAAGUGACUACUGAAUCAGCUACUGGAAGUACCGGAAGUAAUAGAAUAAGAACUACUCUUACUAUAAGAGUAGAAGAUGUUGAUUUUGACACACAAGCUUGCAUGCUUAGAGUUAAAGGACGAAAUAUACAAGAAAAUCAAUUUGUAAAAAUGGGUGCAUAUCAUACUAUUGAUUUGGAACUCAAUCGAAAAUUUACCCUCGCAAAAUCAUGUUGGGAUAGCGUUGCACUCGAAAGAAUUGAAAUGGCUUGUGAUCCUGCCCAACAUGCAGACCUUGCUGCUGUUGUUAUGCAAGAAGGUCUUGCUCAUGUAUGUUUAGUUACUUCUAAUAUGACUCUGGUCCGUGCCAAAAUUGAUGUAAAUAUUCCUCGUAAACGAAAAGGCAUGUGUGCACAACAUGAUAAG